AUGUUCGGUUUUCUGAAUGCUUUGGUCCUGUUAGUGCCAGGACUGGUGUAUUUGCUAGGUGGCAACUUGCUAUCACCCUUCGUGAAGUCCGCUGGCGUCGGAGCAAAGACGAUCGAGGUGCAGGCCAAAGGAUAUGGACUUCAGAUAGUCCUGGCUCUUCAGGAAAAACCCUUGGCCUGCUUCCUCUCCCCACUCUACGCUGCAAUUGUGCUCAGGUACUUCCGCUUAAACAAGUACUUGUUGCCAAGAAGGUGAAGUACGUAGAUGAACGAGUACUAUCAUGAAGAACAAAUACGGUGAGAGGUGGAACUUCAGAAGGAGCUGGGAAUUGGUACAAGAAGUUGUACUAGAACUAGAAAAAAAAUCCAAUUAUACUAAAUCAGAUGGCAGUGUGAUUUGCCGAUGAUCUGGGUCUUGCUGCUUUCGCUUGCUUACCCGAUCUUUGCUUUGUCAACCAUCGCGCUACUCUUUUUCCACUCCCAAGAGUAUGGUGAGGCUUCCAGCGGUAUUACUUCGGAAAUAAAAGCCAAGCAGGAAGAACUCCUCGUCUUCAAGGACAAGGAAUUCAAAGCGAAGUGGUUGGGAAAGAAAAUUCCAGUGGAAACAGCGAUUGAAGCCUACCAAGAGCAGAAAAUCGACUUCAAAGGGCCGACUGGUAGAAGAUUGGGAGUUUCACGAUUAUUCAGGUUUUCAGACACGACGUCGUGUAACUUCUCAUCACAACUAUCUAGAACUGAUGUUAAAUUUCCUAUUCUUCUACAGGUAAGGACGACAUCAUGCAUACAAUGAUGAGCAGAUACGAAAUUUUCAAGUUCAGCGUUACAAGGGAAAACAUCAUGUCGAUCUUCGAGGAUUUGCUUCGGUACUUCUACAUUAAUUAUACGAUGCGGCGAUCUUCCUGAUCCUCGAGUUCGAGAAUAAUUGCUUUCUUGAUGAAUCGUUUCUGCAAUCGAAUAUCAAAGAUGAAAACUGAAGAUUACUUGAACUUGAACUUGUAAUCUAAUAUCACAGAUGAAACUGCUUCAGCUUCAUCUUCAAAUGUAAACAAGAACGACGCGAACGAACUCCUUAUGAAAACCACAACAGACGCGUGUAUAAGCACGAUGCUGAUGCGGAUAAGGCUGAUGUUUCCGACGUUUACAAUCGGGGCAACGACUUCUAUGGGUGGUUUCUUUGCGAUAAGAUGCUCUACUCUGUGGGUUUGUGGUCGAGCAGUGCGCCAGAAAACUUUGACAACAACAAAAAAAUGAACGAGCUGAUGAGUGAGGCACAGACGAAAAAGCUUGACAAAAUCUGCAACGAAUUGUGCAUGAUGAAGCCAGGCAUGAAGCAUUUGGAUCUCGGCUGCGGCUGGGGUGCUCUUAUUCUGCACGCCACUGGGAAGUACAAGGUAACUAUGGAUAGUUUUUGCAGUUUCGCAUAUUCUCGGCUUGAUAGUAGAAGUUUAUCUCGAAGAUUUUUUUGUCACUGCGAAAAUGUAGUUGAACCUGUAGUACAUUGAGUCUUCCUCAGCACCAUUUUCUUCACCUCAUCUUCAUGUUCAUGUCCAAAUAUAAUUUGAGGUCGAAUCAACCGGAAUCACGCUCUCGCAAGAGCAGGCCAACCACAUCGCGUCAAUAGACACGGAUAAGAGGACAGAUGUUAAAGUCAUCAAUGCCUGGGUUUGGCUCGAAGAGAAAAUCAAAGAAGGAACAAAAUACGAUGUUAUCACCUGCUUGGAAAUGUCCGAACACAUUGGAGUCCGAGACUACCAGAAAUUCUGCCAUGCCGUAAUACUUGAGUUUUCUACAACAACUUUUUAAGUUCUUGUUUGGGGUCAGCGUCAGGGUCUCAUCUUACUUCUUGAUCUGUAUUUUUACGGUAGAACAAGUUGGAAGAUGAUUUUUUUCUCUAGCAAGAAGAACUUCCGACCUUCAACACAUUGCGACCUCAGGUGCGCUCAGAAGUCUUAAAGGAAGAUCUUCCACGACAUUACAACAUCAGGUGCGCUCAGGGAGUCUUAAAGUAGGAUGAUCGAUUUUGCACAUUACAAAAACAAAAUCAGGUGCGCUCAGUCUUGAAGGAUGAUGGUGUUUUCUACUUGCAAAUCGCGGGGCUUCGUCGAAACUGGCAGUAUGAGGAUCUCCUUUGGGGACUCUUCAUGAACAGGUAUAAUUGAUGAGACCCAACACUUAGUGCCAUGUUAUAAUACAUAGAUACCUACCAGCAGGCUUAUGCUUAUGAUAUUAUAUAUAGGUAUAGCUCGACACGGACACCACCUCGUUCUCGUCUCUCACUUAAGUAUAAUCAGAGUAGUUUAUAGCACGCGUGGCGCAUGGAGUAGCAUGGAGAGCAUGUGGGGGCGCAGACCCAAAAGGCACGCAAGAGGCGCCCCCUUUAGUUCCAUGCAGCGCCAUGCGACCCAUGCACUCGGUGGCCUGCGAGCUGUGAAACCUUGAAAGUUAUUCCGUUAUUUAUUUUUAUUAUAGAAAACGCAUCAAAUACAAAUAAUAACGACUACUUUGACAACAUUAAGGUACGUUUUCCCGGGUGCUGAUGCCUCCUGUCCUCUGUACUGGGAUGUCGAGCAAGUGGAGCGAGCAGGAUUUGAGGUACGAUCGAUCGCGAAUGAGGGAGUCCACUAUGGUUUGACGAUCUAUGCUUGGUACAAGAACUGGCUCCACAACAAGGCUAAGGUUGUGGCGAAAUACGGUGAAAAGUCGUGGAGAAAUUGGGCGAUCUUCCUCACUUGGUAUUUCUGUUUAUUUUUUGUCGGAACUGAAGACCAUGUCGUUGAACUACAUCGAGACUUCAAGAAUUACAGGGUCAGUAGUCUCUUUAUUAUCCAAUUAUCCAAAGUCCAUUAAAUUCGGCGUAGGAGCUUUUCCUCGCUGAGCACUUACUUUUUGUUGAUUGCAGACAGGUGGUCGUGAUAGGACUAGGAGGUUAGAUUUGGGAUCUCCGUUUACCAAGUGAAACCAGGAGUAGCAGCGUCCGCACAGUCCAUACUUUUUCGUACAACGGGAUGAACGGGAAAUUUUUAUAGACCAUCAUAAACAUGAUAAUAUAUUCACGUCGAUGUAGUUCCAGCAUUUUUUUUCCUCAGUAAUAAAUGAAAAUGUUCAACCUCUACUACCACGACCACCAGGUCUUACCUGAUCGCUAUGCAAGGAAGCAGCACGGUCUACAUGAUUGCCUUGACGAAGAACUUUGCGAACGAUGUUCGGUCUCGUAAGGCCUUGAGCAAAGACCCUAUCGCCGACUUCGGUAUCAAUCGCGCCAAGCUCGUCGUCGACAAGGUGCGCGAUAGCCCGAAGUAAAAGAACCCUCAUGAGGAGAAGGAAGAUACACUGGUGACGGUGUGCUCCCGAGGGGGUGACGCCGAAAAGGGAGGUCGUAGCAUUAGCGGUGGUCGUAGUAGAUGAAUGCAAAAAAGAACUACUGCAUAUGUUGUACUAGCUGCAGUGGUACUAGUACUAGUGGUACUUCUUUCUGUCAUAUUGAACCGGUGCUGGUGUUGGAGGACUCAGGACGAAAGAAGCAGAACAACCACGAACUGCAAUGUCUACGAAGUAGGCAGCACGAAGGCGAACCAUGAUCAGGAGCACCAGAGUUCACUACGACUAGAAUUCCAGUAGUACAACUACUACUGCUUGGUGAUCAUGAACAUGAUCAUCUCAGGUUAACUUCAACUACUCCGACUACAACUGGUGAAGAAGACUACUUUUGGGGAGCAGAGAGACGGAGAGAUACCGUACCAGUAGAGGGUAAUACUGCAGGAAAUUAACAUACGCUGUUCUUGAUAACUAGACGAACAUGGAUUCCCGUUGAUGUAGGUCGAUGUCAUAGAAAUUUAACUUGGUAGAAAUUUAAAACUUCCGACUUUUUGGAAGUAUAACUAGUGUACUUAAGGAAAUAUAUCAUGUUACUGGUGAGGUCGUGGAAGAUAUUGUUUGUCAUCUAUGGUUGUAGCUUUUUACAGUAGUUUUUCUUUUUGUUGACGAUUUGUAGCAAACUCUGCGGGGGGUAAAGGAGAAGAAGACGAAGUUGUCGUUACCGGAAUUCAAGAUUCGCUCCUCACUUCGUCGAUAUUCGUUGUCGUUCGUUUUGCUCUGCGGCGGACACAAAGCGCCCAGCGUAUCAACGAAUACCGUCGAUUACCGGUUUUAUAUCAAUAGUUUAUUUUAAGAUGCUUACUGUGAUGCCCUUCCAUUUGAUGAGUCUUGUUCUAAAUAAUCAGUAUCAGUUGCUUCGGAACUAUAAAAUUGGUUCCGACCACCGCUUCCCUGAAAAUAAGUACUUUGGCGCAGCCAUGCAAGAUCAAUAAGGAAAGCAAUAGCAUACAAGUGGAAGGAGCAUGCAAUGCGAAAGAACAGAAAUACUGUCAACCUCAAAAGUCUCGUUCCCAUUAUUUAUGAAUCGAAAAAAAAAGGUGCCUGUAUGUCAUCCCAAAAAAAUGAUGUUGGUACAGGCAAUUCACCUUAGAGUUGCGGCAGUACUACGCUCCGACGAAAGAAAAGCGCCAUGGCUAGGAUCGUUACAUUAAGAUCAUUUUUGUUUUAUAAACCGGCAUAACUAUUAAGUGUUGGUAGUCCUUCUGCGGCUGCGCAUAUCCGCUUGAGUAUGCAGGUAAAACUGUGGAGGGCGGGUCGAAUCCUAGUCCGAAGCUCCCACUCCAUCGCUUAGCGGGGAAGGAUUUAGAACGAAUUUGUUGGUUGAAAAAUGUUGACUUCGAUGAUGCUAGGAGAAACAAAGGCCGUUGGUGGUGAAUACUUACUCUUCGAACGAAGGUCGUUC